UUUUGACAGAUGUCACACAACUGUCACCUGCUGACAGAAGAACGUCACAGUUACGGACACUAGCCCAUCAAUAAUUUGAUAUGAUUUAAUUGUUUGAACUGAAUGCAAUUUAAUAAUUAUUUCAAUAGCCAAGUGUGUGACGUGAAUAUCUGUAAAUUUCACAUAUGACACAGUGAAUCAAGAAAUUUGCUGCAAGUUAAACGCAGUAACAACACACUUCCAGUAUGUCGUUUUUCGGUGUUAAUGUAAAUCCAUUUUCCACACCAGUCGGUCAAAGAAUAGAGCAAGCCACUGAUGGCAGUCUCUCGAGUGAAAAUUGGGCCCUAAAUAUGGAAAUAUGCGAUAUAAUUAAUGAGACAGAAGAAGGUCCGCGUGAUGCAAUUAAAGCCAUAAAGCGCAGACUCAAUCAGUCUGCUGGAAAAAAUUACACCAUCGUCAUGUACACCCUUACUGUUUUAGAAACAUGUGUGAAAAAUUGUGGAAAGCGAUUUCACGCAUUGUCCUGCUCACGAGAAUUUGUACAAGAAUUAGUGAAGUUAAUUGGACCAAAAAAUGAACCACCAACUGCCGUUCAAGAGAAAGUAUUGAAUCUUAUUCAAACUUGGGCAGACACUUUUCGUACUUUACCUCAUACACAAGGUGUAAUACAAGUCUAUCAAGAGCUUAAAGCCAAAGGCAUACAAUUUCCCAUGACUGAUUUAGAUGCCAUGGCACCAAUAAUAACACCUGAAAGGAACCAAGGAAUCCAAAGUGUAUUAAAAUUUCAGAGCGUGCCUGAAACGGAACAAAAUUUAACCACUAAUCCAACAGAGGACCAAGCCUCAAUAAUAGCGGGGCCACAACAAAUGCAAUCAGCCAAUCAAUUGAUUCAAUUGAGUGAUCAACAACUUGCCAAACUACAAAGUGAAUUGGACGUUGUUCAAGGAAAUAUGCGAGUUCUAUCGGAAAUGCUCGCUUAUCUCACAAGUCCUGAACAAGCAGCAAAUCAAACACCAGAUGCAGCGGAUCUUGAAUUAUUGACUGAACUAUAUAAUACUUGUAAAGCAAUGCAACAACGUGUUGUGGAUCUAAUUGGAAAAUUGGAAAAUGAUGAAAUGACUGCAGAAUUAUUACGCGUCAAUGAUGAAUUGAAUAAUCUCUUUUUGCGUUAUUCACGAUAUACAAAGAAUAAAGUAGCACCUAGUGCUCUAUUGGCACAGGCGAUAGGUCGUCCACCAAAUGCCGAAGCAAGUGCUAUUAAACAGGAGGGCGAUUCUUUAAUUGAUUUAUCAGAUGGAGUUGAACCGCUUGAGAAACGUGUUGACGCUAUUCAAAUUUGCCCGAAAAAAGAAGGCGAAAGCGAUGAGUUCGAUAUGUUUGCUCAGUCGCGAAACACUAAUUAUGAAACAUCUAAAAGCAGUGGCAGCAAAUAUGAAGAUAAUAUGGAGCAGGUGAGCGGAGAUGGACUAAGUACAGCGAUUUUAAAUCGCAAUAAUCCUAAACACUCACAACAGACUGCUUCUACUGUUCCUGCUGCUGCUACUACUACCACUACAUCCAGUUCCACUGUGCGUAACUCGCUUGAAUUCAUUUCAAACAGUAGACUCAAUCGAGAAUCUGAAUUCAGUGAAAUGGCAGCUUGGUUAGAUCAUACGCCUGGAGCUCAAGGGGACCAGUCACUGACAUCCUCAGAAUUUGACAGAUUUUUAGCCGAGCGAGCUGCAGCAGCUGAAGCUCUGCCAACUGUUCCAACAACAACCACUACAUCAAGUACAACUACCGCAAGUGGUGGAACCAACAUUCAAAGACAAAUCAAUAAGGACGAAGAUAAAUCUUUGUUCGCUUUGUAAAAUGUAACUACUAUUAUAAUAACUCGUAAACUUUAUUUCAACGAAAAUCAAGCAUGUCAUAAUCAAGACAUUAAGAAUUUAGAAGAAAAAAAUCAGGAUUUUAAAAAUCAACUAUAUGUCUUUCUAGACACUUCAAGAAUUAAAAAAAUGAAAUCAAGUAUAUGCUUUGAGUUAUCAAAAAAAAAAGUGCAGAUUAAUUAGCGGGAACUGCUAAAAACGAGUUGUAUAAAUUUUAAAAGACGUAAAAAGACAGGAAAAAAUAAUUUCUGUCUCAUAUAUAUAUAUAUAUAUAAAAAAAAAUUAUAUAUAAACUGCUUCUCGCUUUCACGUACUUAUGUGCAAAUUAACGAGUUUUACGAUUACGUCGCAAUUCAUCGUCGUUAUUUAUUCUCUCAAAUUAAUUAUUAUGUCUUUAUGGGGAAAAAAAUAAUUGAAGAUAAGAGUAAAUUUUCUUCAAAUUUUUUGCAACUACGUAAUCUAAAGACACUAGUUUAUGUUAUUUGUAUAUAAAAAAAAGUUGCUAAAUAAUACACGUUUGAUUGACGUUAAAGUCACAUUAACGAAAAGAUGAAAUAUAUAAAUAUUUAUAUAUAAAUAUAUAUAAAGAAAAAAAAUCAUGUUUUCCUUACAUUCAAUUCAAAGUGAUAAGAUAAUAACUUAUUAAAAAAAAUGAAAGAAAAAUCUACAAUUUAUUAUUUAUAAAAAUUUACGUCUAUUAAAAAAGAAGACCUUGAUCUACGUUAAUAUGAAUUUUAUCAUACAUAAAUAUCGAAUAUCUAUUUAUAAGGAGUAUGAUAACAAGAUCUAUUAUUAUAUUUUACUUUGGAUAAAAAUUGUAUAGUAUUUAUAUUUUUAUCGUCUAUUGUGCACUCGAAUUAUGUUAAUAAUAUCAUGCAAUAUUCCUGUGGUAAUGGUCAGUAGAUAUUAAUUCGAUUGCUUUUUAAAGUCACUGGCUUGUAAAGUAUAGUAGGGCUCUUUUUAACUUUAUGAUCCAAGAGUAUUUAAUGUUCUACUCGAAUAAUUCUUUUAAGCUAUAGAAGAAAAAACUGUAUUACGUUACGCUGAACAGUAUUAAUAUUACAGUGGAACGUACCAAAAAAGAGAAGAGAAAAAAAAACAUUUUCAAGUCAUGUCUAAGUAUAUUGUUAAAAAAAAGUGAAUCAAUUUUUAUUUGAUUUUAAAAUCAAAUAUCAUACGUUCAUCGAACGCUAAACGUGCAUUUAGUGUUCCAAGUCAGUGGCACAUUAUACAAGUUACCUGUCACAAGUGUAGAAUUUCUUGUUUUGAAUAAUCAAUUUUGUUUACAAAU